AAAGAAGAACAUGCUCAGUGUCCCUUGAGUGCCAGCAGUGUGGCAAUUGUUUAAGCCAAGGACACCUAAGGAUUCAUGAAAACAGUGUGACAAGUGUUUUAGUGUAGCAGGACACAUAAAGAGAUAUCAAAGGGUUCAUGCUGGAGAAAAGCCUUAUAAAUGUAAACAGUGUGGCAAGUGUUUUAGUCAAGCAGGAAGCCUAAGGAGUCAUGAAAGAGUUCACACUGGGGAAAAGCCUUAGGAAUGUAAACAGUGUGGCAAGAAUUUUGACCAAGCAAGAAUCCUAAUGAGAGGUAAAAGAGUUCACUCUAGGGAAAAGCCUUAUGAAUGUAAAAAGUGUGGCAAGUGUUAUAGCUGUGCAGGAAACCUAAUAAUUCACGAAAGAGUUCACAUUGGGGAAAAGCCUUAUGAAUGUAAACAGUGUGGCAAGCGUUUUAGCCAAGCAGGACCCCUAAGGAGACAUGAAAGAGUUCACACUGAAAAGCCUUACGAAUGUAAACAGUGUGACAAGUGUUUUAGCCAAGCAGGAGACCUAAGGAGACAUGAAAAAGUUCACACUGGAGAAAAGGCUUAUGAAUGUAAACAGUGUGGCAAGCGUUUUAGCCAAGCAGGACCCCUAAGGAGACAUCAAAGAGUUCACACUGGGCAAAAGCCUUACGAAUGUAAACAGUGUGACAAGUGUUUUAGCCAAGCAGGAGACCUAAGGAGACAUGAAAAAGUUCACACUGGAGAAAAGCCUUAUGAAUGUAAACAGUGUGGCAAGUGUUUUCGGCAAGCAGGAGACCUAAGAAGACAUGAAAAAGUUCACACUAGAGAAAAGCCUUAUAAAUGUAAACAGUGUAGCAAGUGUUUUAGGCAGGCAGGAGAGCUACGGAUUCAUGAAAGAGUUCACACUGGGGAAAAGCCUUAUGAAUGUAAACAGUGUGGCAAGUGUUUUAGCCAAGCAGGAAACCUAAGGAUUCAUGAAAGAGUUCACAUUGGGGAAAAGCCUUAUGAAUGUAAACAGUGUGGCAAGUGUUUUAACCAAGCGGGAGACCUAAGGAGACAUGAAAAAGUUCACACUGGAGAAAAGCCUUAUGAAUGUAAACAGUGUGGCAAGUGUUUUAGCCAAGCAGGAAACCUAAGGAUUCAUGAAAGAGUUCACAUUGGGGAAAAGCCUUACGAAUGUAAACAGUGUGGCAAGUGUUUUAGCCAAGCAGGAAACCUAAGGGUUCAUGAAAGAGUUCACUCUGGGGAAAAGCCUUUCGAAUGUAAACAGUGUGGCAAGUGUUUGAGCGGAGCAGGAGACAUACGGAUUCAUGAAAGAGUUCACACUGGGGAAAAGCCAUUUGAAUGUAAACAGUGUGGCAAGUGUUUUAGCCAAGCAGGUCACCUAAGGAUUCAUGAAAGAGUUCACACUGGGGAAAAGCCAUUUGAAUGUAAACAGUGUGGCAAGUGUUUUAACCAAGCAGGAACCCUAAGGAGUCAUGAAAGAGUUCACACUGGGGAAAAGCCUUACAAAUGUAAGCAGUGUAACAAGUCUUUCAUUAACGCUAAAGACCUUAAAACUCAUGAAAGAGUUCACACUGGUAAAAAGCCUUAUGAAUGUAAACAGUGUGGCAAGUGUUUUAGCCAGGCAGGUAACCUUAGGAGGCAUGAAAGAAUCCACACAGGCACUCUAUUAAACAUUGGUGUAGCAGUUGCGCAUUCAGUCAUCACUGAGAAACAAAGCUGUUGGAUUUGUCAAGAGGAUAUGAGUAGUAAGGCUCUUCUUCUUCAACAUUAUGAAAAUCACAUGACCUGUGUUUGUGAAGAUAAUUCUUUUAGUUAAAAACGCUUUCGGAUCUUUUGAAGGUUUCUUCGUUUGGUUUCGUUUAGGUUUUUGGACAACAUUUUUGAGGUUUAUAAAUGGGUUUGAAGAAUUUUUCGUUGGUGUUAAAACGACCCUGUUUUAAAAGUCGCACAGUAGAAAUUGUACCAUUCCAGUGUAUUGAAUAUUGAGCAUGACAACAUUAACACCGUUGUCUUACUGGACCUCAAAAAGGCUCUUUAUUUGGUUGACCAUACCUUACAAUUGUCCAAACUUGACUGCUACGGUAUAACAGGCCCUGAAGGAGACAGGUUCGGAUGAUAGCCUAGUAGUCGGACACUGUGCAGUAGAUGGCUGUAAGUCAGGUAAGCCAUGUGUCUCAAGUGGUGUGCCUCAGGGGACCAGUUUAGGUUCCUUUUUUUUAGUGCACAUAAAUGACGUGCCCAAUUGUCUGCGUUACUCUGAAUGGAGAAUGUACACUGAUGAUACACGUAUUACCUACGCUAUGGCUAGCAGUGAUGUUACGAUAUUAAUGAUUGCCUUUAUUAUGAUCUGAGUAAGGUCUAUGUUUGGCUUGCGGUUAACAAGUUCAUGCUAAACAUGAAGAAACAAACAAACAAACAAAACACUGAGUUUCUCCUUGUUGGCUCAAGAUGAAAACCAAGAAACCAACCAUUGUCAUCAACCAUCGAUGACAUUCCGGUUAAGCAGGUCUUGGUUUCUAAAUUGCCUGUUGUAAAAAUAACCAGAAUCUGAAUUGUGGUCAGCAUAUUCAGAUGUUUUCUUAAAAGAUUUCUUCUGACAUUAGCGCAAUUAAGCUCGUCAGAAACUUUGUUCCUCUUGAAACUCUCCUCAGUUUGCAAUUUGUCUCGUCGCGUACAUUACUUUUUGAACAAACAGACUUGAAAUUUGUUUCGACUUGAUUACUUAUCACGUCCACUUAAAGCAGUAAUUUUGUUUGUUGCAGUUCCAAUGAUUUUCUUUAGAAACGCGUAUGCAUUUAUCUGGCCUUGUCUAGUCUACGUCUUCAUGCGACAGGACUGAUGUACAAUGCUGAUAAUGUGAUAACAACAGUGGCAGAUCAAGGGGAGGGGCUCCCCCUUAUUUUUAGACCAAAAUGAAGCCCGAAGGGCCGAAAAAAAUUUUUGUUUAGACCGGCCCCUCUUAUCUUAGAGUCUGGAUGACCCCCCUUAUAUGAAGCUCUGAAUCCGCCACUGAGCAGUAAGCUGUUUCUUGCCCGGCAAUCGCGACUGACACCUCCGAUGCAACUGGAAGUUACAUGGGCUCAUUCUUUGCGUAAAAACUGACGUUAUUUUCAGCAAGCUCAUUUGGAGAUAUCGUGAAAACUAAACGCGCGUCAGGCACGCGAGAGAAGAUGCGAAAGCAGGGGACGUUAUUUUCAAUUUUACUGAAAAAUAAUUGGUCAUUUCUUUGGGUUAAUAAAACAAUUGAAAAGGAUGUGGCUCGAAUAUUGGGGAGGAGCGUUAUGUGACGAGACAAAAACGGCUGAGAGGGAGACUCGUUUGAGGGGGGUUUAUUAGAGUGCGGGGAGGGGAGGGGAGGGGGCGUUUAUUUAAUUUAGCGAAGAUGGUGGUAGCGCCCCUUAAAGAAGUAGAAUUCAAAGUGGAAAAGCUCAUGUAUGCAGCCGAGGAUCAAAAAUAAAUCCAAACGUCCAACACGUGAUAAUAGCAUCCCGGUUCAGUCCAAAUGAACUUGUACAAUUUAUUUUUUCACCUUUAUUACAUUCCUGGCUAUUUACAGUAUAAUUGGUCUGGGAAGUGCGUGUGGAUGCAUCUGGCUACAGGCCUGGCCGAGGAUAAUUCUUUAGGAAAACCUCUUGCCUUCUCCCACGUCUUUGACCUCAGAGCUUUUGCGCCGCUGUAUGUCAACCACAAACGAAAAACACACCAAAUAACUACCUGAUGCGAACGCUACUACAAAUAGUAGUGGAGAAAUGAACUUCUCGGGAAGCAACUUACGUUUUUGCUGCGUUUUAUAAUGAAAACUGCUGAUAGAAAGUACAGGUUUUACAUUUUAACGCCUUCGUAAAUUUCCAAGAUCAACUUACCAUUACCGCCUUUUUAAUUAGGCGAUUUAUUUUUAUAGAUUGGUACCGAGAACUAUUCGAGAUAAAAGUAAAAAAGAGUUGGAAGGCGCGGGUCACGUAUUUAAAAAUAAAGGUCCCUUAAAACUUCUUUUUACACUACUAAUACAAAUAACGUUUCAGCGAAAAAUCAGUAAGAAACAAUAAUAUAAACCACUGUGUUCAGCACUGAUUCAACUGAAUGUUUGAAUCAAAGAAUAACCUUGGAAGGUGAAGAAGUAAUCAAAAGGAAAAAACGAAAAAAAAUAUUUAAACAAAUAUAUAUUUUUUGUUUUAUUCCUUUGUUUACUUUUUGAUCGCCUUGGCGUCUUAUUAUUUUCUGCAAGUUACCGUAAAAAUCCGAAAAUAAGCCCCGGGCUUAUAUUUCUCAAAGGCCCUUUUUGUGGGGCAUAUUUUUGGAGCGGCUUAUCUACGAAGGGAAAUUUGCGUUUCAAAAUCGAUUGGGCUAGGUUGAUAGUUGGAAGGAAAUUUACCGUUCUUGCUUUGUUUUACUAGUUUGAGGGCAAUUUCCAAGUACAAGCCCCGGAAGGGGCUUAUAUUUGGAGGGGCGAUUUAACGGAGGGUUUUUUGCGUUACGAAUUUGGAGGGGCUUAUACAUGGAGGGGCUUACUUUCGGAAUUUUACGAUGUUAUGUAUUGAUCCAGGUCUACAAUUUAACUGGGAGAUCUGGCACCACGCAAUGGUUUGUCGCUGUAGACUGCUGAUAUUCAGGGCGUAAGAAGCUAGGGUAGCUUCUUACGUCCCGCUGAUAUUUUAUGUCUUGGUGCCCCAAUCACUCAUGACCCUCUCAUAUAUCUGGAAAAUGAUUUGCACGUGCAAGAAAGAGAGGAUAACUGCUUCUGCUAAAAGUAAAUGUGUUGAAAGUAAAGACAUCCAGGCCAUCCAAUUCUCAGAAACUGCUCACUAUAAAGAAAAACCCAGGGCGGAUAAAGGUUGGGCGGUGAAACGAGCUUGUCCGGGCAAAACGAUGUGAUGCAGUGGACUGGGACUCCGCUUAGAAAUGUCGCUUGUUUUCGACUUUAGGGCUUGCGAUGUGGUUUAUCCAUUAGACACUGACACUGUACUUCUUCCUCGUUCCUUUGUGCUGGUACGCUGUCUCCGAGAGGCAAAUGUUGCUAUUUCUUGCGGGAGGUUUAGUUGGAGUAGACAAACAUCUCUUUCAUGACUUUCAUGACUAUUACUUCCAUGACUCUAUCACUGAAUUAUAUUUUCGUUCUUCUACUCGCCAAUGUCGAUGUUAUUCCAAAACAAAAACAACUAAGUAUUGUCUAAAACACGAAGGAAAAUCUCAUCCAUGGCAAAACUAAAAGACAGCAGAUCGUGCUUCAUAACCAGAUGACGUGUAUUUUAUAAAUGCGUGCAGCUCGUGCAUACCCUGCGAGCAGAGGCUACAUUUUCGCGGUAAUAGCUGGCGUGCGAAAAGUAGCCUCUGCCGACAACUGUUCAAAUCCGUCCAGAAAUCUGGACGAAUAAAUUAAAAAAACGGGUUUUUUCUUGUUCUUGACCGGUUUAGAGCAUUGUGCGAGUCUUGCGUCAGCGAAUGAACGCUGACCAUUAUUGCGCCUUCAUGCAUUGCUUCGAGCCAAAUUCUCGCAUAUGAACGCGGAUCAACGCAGCUCAAACGUAGCAACAGGAAAAGUUCAAAACAAUUUCAAAAAUCCCUGUUUAUGAAUUUAAAAGAGCGUCGUCAACAACUUGAAUAAGCUCUGUAUUUUAAAGCUGUUGAAAUACCAAAACAAGCUGCUGCCGGUGUCUCUUGCCUGGCUUGCGGGACCGUGUAAAGAUCGUUAAUUUAUCGUAUGAUAGUCCUUGUUUGCCAGGAAAAGAAAAUGGAUACUGCGGUGAUUUUUGUUGUGUCGCCUCUCAAUGCAAGGCUAAAUGCACUGUUUUAAGACACAGAUGGGAACCGGAAUGUUCAAAAGAAUCACCAAUCAGUUUUCUUUUGUGGAAAAAGCUGAAGAAAAGCUUUUAGCAGCACUGAUUCGUCCUCAAGGACUUUAACCUGGUUGGCUCUCUUCACGGUGGAACGCUUGUCCUGUUCUGAAAAGAAACCAAAGCGGCAAAGUUUUCAAAGAAUUGUUAGGUACAACUUGCACAUUAAAGUUCCGUUUUUAAAUGGAAAUUUAAGUUUUUAUAGUUGUUUCUUAGAUGUUUUAUACGACUUGAGACGGAUUUUGGCGUUGACAUUUGAUUUCUUCGGCAGCUUUUACUUGCGUGAAAUGAUCCACGAUCCAGUUAGUUUUACGCGGAUUGCUUUUAAGGAUAAAAUUAUGGGUUUUCGAAUAAAAUUUUUCGAUGAAUAAUUUUUCUGACUACUGUUUUGUCUAUGUUCAUUCAUAACAUUAGUUUAAAACACGAUCGUGAGACUACAGCAUCCAAUUUAUUUCAAGCAUCACUUCUGCGUAGCGUUGUCCGCGAAUUUCAUUUUUCACUUUGAGCACAACUAUAACUAUAGGUAAUAUUAAAGCCGGAAAAAUAUGCUCCCCGUAAAACAGACAGAACUUACGACAGUUGAUAGCAUGAUAAAAAUACUUUCCUAAACAAGACGAUCCGUGAAAAUUUUGCGGCUAAAAUACUUAAAACCAGAGGGAGCAAAGCAGAAAAACAAAACAAAAGCUCGACGAGAGUAGUUCGCAGGUAGUUUUCGCAAGUUUGAUUCCCGCGAAACUCACGCAGAUUUGACGAACCAGUUGCUUGCGAAUAGCGUGACGAAUUUUCUGCAUGCACGAUAGAAAAUUGAACGGUUAUCGGCAGAGGCUACUUUUCGCACGCCAGCUCAUACCGCGAAAAUGUAGCCUCUGCUCGCAGGGUACUCGUGCCAGGUGAAAUUAUGCUAAUUUCAAUCACCAUCAUCCUUCUUUUUAAUUUUGAAAAAACAUCUCAUACGUCUUUCUUUUUCUUCGAAACUUCAAAAUUAGUUUCCCCUCAGUUUUUACUGUUUACCUUGUUUUGUUUUAGAGAGAAAAACGGAGAAAAAACCUUACAACUAACCUCAAUAAAUUUUGUUUACAUGCGGUUGCCAGAUUUGCGACGCAUUGCGCAGAUCGCCAUCGCGCGUUGCACGACAGGUAACCCAGGCUCUGUGAUAGUACCACAGUACGGUUCCAGUAAAAUUACAGUGUUUGUAUGGGGUAAAAAUAUCAUCCUAAAAUUUCUAGGAAAUACUAAAUAAAGAUCAAUGAAACUUACUCUGCAGUUAAUUGUUGUUGUCCUUACUGCUCCAACGAAGUUUCGUGAUAAUUUGCAGUAAUUUGUUCAAAUUCACUCUAUCUACAAUAAUAAUAUACAAGGUAGGAAACACGAGGUGCCAUUUUCGCCGACAUGCUCUCAUUCAACACAACUUUUUCCACGAAAUUCGAACUCCAACGGAAAAUAAACAUGCCAGGAUCGUAGAAAUAGGAUAGCAGCAGAUAUAGAAACCAAUGACGCUUUCCCAGAUAGAGAAACGAAUCCCACAGACUUGGACAAACUCGAAGAAUAUAAUCCAAACACACCGAGAAUACGCUCGCCGAAGCAGCCGGGCCAGAUCAACGCGCGGCCAAGAAAAUGAAGCCUGGGCACUGUACAAAAAAAUUCCAUCUCGGGAGUCCUGGGGUGACCUUUCUAGGGACCGAUACAUCAUUUGCCCAAGGCCACUCUCCCCUGCUGGAAAAAUACUUGAUAGAAGGCAAUUGUUCUUCCUAGCCAAUCACUAUGGCCUGUUAUAAAGAGAUUAUUUUCCUCUCGAACUAUAUUCAGCUCCUGGCGCUGGUCCUCAGAAAGUUUAUCAAACAUCAGUAGGGCAAGGUUAUAAGGGCAAAGGAAAGAACAACGAAGGACGAUUUACAAAACUUAAAACGAGCAAAAGAUAUAAGUGAAUUUUGGCUCUUACCGAGGCAUUUGUACAACAGGACCAAAUUCAAAGAGAGGUGUAUCACGCUGAUUCACAUAUUUAACCGAUAGAGCGUUCACCUGUAUUGACAAGAAGUCGGCGUGUUACUGCCGCAUUAAUCGCUAAAUAUGUUAAUCGCGCUAGUUCUUUGUUUACUAGUGCACGUGCCUUUCACAUUCGUCUCAGUUAUCGCAAUUCAUAUUCUGUCGCAAUUUUCUGUAUAAUUUUUGACAUUAGUUUGUAAGCUUCACCGUUUAUUUACGAUAGUUUCGCUCGAGAGUUCACAGCAACAGUAUCUCAGUCAUCAUCUACCUUUUGUUCAACCUUGUUUUUAGUCCGCCUUGUAAGCAUUUCGCGUUGUUAUUUCAUUAGUUUCAUUACUGUUAUUUGCAUUCCUUAGUAAAAGAAAUGGAACGCCUUGUAACUCCGCAGACUCUCCUGAUUAUAUUACUAUUUUUUUACCCAUUUAAAUUCAGGCGCGUGUGCGGGGUUUGCUCUGGCAAAUGGUGAUUGGCUAGGAAGAACAAUUGCCUUCUAUCAAGUAUUUUUCCAGCAGGGGAGAGUGGCCUUGGGCAAAUGAUGCAUCGGUCCCUAGAAAGGUCACCCCAGGACUCCCGGGAUGGAAUUUUUUUGUACAGUGCCCAGGCCUCAUUUUCUUGGCCGCGCAUUGAUCUGGCCCGGCUGCUUCGGCGAGCGUAUUCUCGGUGUGUUUGGAUUAUAUUCUUCGAGUUUGUCCAAGUCUGUGGGAUUCGUUUCUCUAUCUGGGAAAGCUUCAUUGGUUUCUAUAUCUGCUGCUAUCCUAUUUCUACGAUCCUGGCAUGUUUAUUUUCCGUUGGAGUUCGAAUUUCGUGGAAAAAGUUGUGUUGAAUGAGAGCAUGUUGGCGAAAAUGGCACCUCGUAUUUCCUACCUUGUAUAUUAUUAUUGUAGAUAGAGUGAAUUUGAACAAAUUACUGCAAAUUAUCACGAAACUUCGUUGGAGCAGUAAGGACAACAACAAUUAACUGCAGAGUAAGUUUCAUUGAUCUUUAUUUAGUAUUUCCUAGAAAUUUUAGGAUGAUAUUUUUACCCCAUACAAACACUGUAAUUUUACUGGAACCGUACUGUGGUACUAUCACAGAGCCUGCGUUACCUGUGGUACAACGCCACUAUAUCAAAAUAUAUCAAUCUAAUUUUUUGUUAUGUUAUAUAAAAUUUAUCCCCCUUAACAUAUGUAAAAAUUGAGGUUAAGAAGUGUUAAGCUUUUGCAAACGAAACGGCGAAAGACGAUUAGGUGAUACUUAGUGGAAGGAGGAGGUAUUCAACACUUUCAAAUUAAACUCAAAUUUGGCAUUAUACGACAAACAAGUUUGACUUAUAGACGUACAGACACAAACAUAUGAAACUGUUUAUUGAUAUUGUUAUGAAACGAAUUUAUCUAUUUAACGCUGUAGCCUGCAAUUACAGAAAGAAACUAGGAUUUCUGGUUUGCAAAAACGAAAAUUUCACCGGCCUUCAAGCGCACCGGAAGCGCGGAAGGAGCACUCGUGCCAGCCCUACUCCGCAUCACACAUUAAAUGAAGAGCGGAGCGCUCGUUUCAUCGCAUAUCCUUCGCCCAACCUUUAUCCGCCCUGUGAUCCGUUUCUCGAAAGUCCCGGUAACUUUUCGGGCCCGAAAUCAAAUAUUCAAAUCGAAAUAUAAAAAAUAAGAGCGCCGGUCCUGGCUAGCAAGCUACUCCCUUUUGUUUCGUUAACUGAUAGUUUUAUCAUGUUAGAUGCAAAACUGUUGAAACCUCAAUCUUUAAAGUAAACGGAGACAGCUUACCGGGCCCGUUAAUUAUCGGGACUUUCGAGAAACGGGCCCCAGGAAAAACCCGUGCGCACCCUUUGCGCACCCCGUCCAGAUCAUCCAGCUUUAAUAGGUCCCCAGUCCCCACGGGUUUUUUCUUUCAUACUGUGAAAAUCAAAAUGGCCGCUAUCGUAUCCUUCAGUUCUUGGUUUUAUCUUCCUUCGUGUGAUUUGAUCAAAGCGACAAGGUCUUGCUACUAAAGGUAAGAACGUUUUAAAUGCAUUAUAUGGAUAUAUUCAGUUGUGAAAGUCCCGAUUCCGAGUCCUACUACUUUCGGUCUCGAUAUGGGGCCAUCAGAUCCUAAUAACAACGGACCUGAACUUGGUUUCCCAAAUACAAAUAUCUAUCUGCUGUUUUUAAUUUCCAAGCUUAUUACGUUGUUUUGUAUCUGAAGGCUUCAAUAAGCUUUAAACUUAUCUUUUCAUGAUUUACUAUUCCAUCUAAAUGACCUUUGCUUUCCUAACACGGACGUCGAGCGUUGUCAUGUAUUAUCUUUGCCUUUGAAUACAGCCGUCUCUCCUUGCUCUUCACGGAUAGCAGUCUACUUGUAUCUAAGCAAUUUGGAAGGAAAUAGUUGAAUUCAAUAAGAGUCUUGUUUACUUUGUUGUUCAAUUCAAUGUCCACAUAAUUAGUUAUCUGCUGUGAUUUCUUAAUAUUAAGGGCUUUCUUAUUCACGUACACAAUUGUGAAAGCAUUUGACCAACUAGUUGGAUUUUACUAAAAGUAUUAUUCCUCUCGCUCUCAUGGCCUUUGAGGCAAUAGCCCAUAUGGCCUUCGACCUCAUGGGCUAAUGACUCAGAGCCCAUUCAGGCUCGAGGAAUAAUCGUUUAUUAUUAUUUGGACCAAAUGAAUAAGUGAUAGGUUGUAUUAACAAACAAAACAGUGACACUUCAUGUUAAGUGAUCCAGCAAUUUUUUCACCAUUGAGUCCUGCUUCCCUUAAGCAUAAAAAUCCCCAAAGAUACAAAAUAAUUCAUGGUAUGCAUCCCAUAGGACACAAAGAUUGGUCAAGUGAUAUGAAGAUGUUUUUGUAGAAUAUCCUGUUUGUGUAAUUUCUGUGGUUGUUGUUAACGAUGCAUAUUAAAUUUCUUUUAGUCUCUGUUGUACUUUAAAAUAGAAGGAGUAUAUUUUUAUUUCAGUAAACUGUAAUACGGAGUUUUGGAGUCUGUCUUCAGAUUAACUCCCUGGUUACAUAAAGGCCAAAGCAUUUUCAAUUUAGGGAUGUUUCAUUAUUUAUAAGGAUGACCGGGUCAGGAAAAAAAUGAAAGCCUUCCUCUUUCUUUCUAAAGCCCGACCAAAAAGCACAAUGUCUUUUUCGUAGCCCAUUCAGUAUUUGGGGUCAAAUUUUCCAAAGCCUGUUCAAUUUGACACCGAUUUGAAGUGAGUAACUUGUGAAAAUCAUGUGUAUGUAGUGUAUGUUCAGAUGUUUGGAUCAAAUACAAUGACUUGGAUCACCCUUUGGAGUUUUCGAACCUCACGAAAUAGAACUUCUUGUGAAGUAAAAAUUUCCCUGAAAGUGUUCAACAUUUUUUUAAAGGAAUACAUUUCUACAAACCUGUGUUUAAAAUUAGUUGAGAACACAUUCGUGAGAUGAUUCGAGAGGUCAUUCAAUACUUUGUUCCAGGUCUCUGUUGAAUCAGAAAGACAUGGAAAGACUGGUAACUAAUGCAAAAAUUAAACGAAUUUAUAAUUAUAUUAUACUACAUUGAUUUAUUAGAUUCUGUUAUGGCGACCUGCAUUAAAUUUUAAGAACAUCAACUGUUUGCAAACACAAUCAAAACCAUAAAAUUCUUCUUGCUCUGAAUCGCUUUGAAAGACAAACCAUAUCUUAUCACUUUCAUCGAUGCUAUAACAUUCCCGUUCACCCGAAGUCGUGUCAUGGUCUGAGUCAGGCCCACUUGACCAUUCUGCAAGGACAUUAUCCUCCUCACCUUCAUCAUCCCCUGAGCCAUCAAUUUCUUCGCCGUCGUUUUCCGUUCCACCUUCCUUUGCUUCCUUGUCAGUAGACUCAUUUAUAUCUUCCCAUUGUCUAUCCUCCCCACGAAGCACAUGCAACGAGAUUCACCUUAUCUUUUCAGCUUUGGUGCCAUUGCUUAUGAGUUUGUAAUGUUUAAGAUACUUAUUGAGCUCAGACACAAGCAACUUUUGUAAAUCUCCAGACUCCACGAGAUGGUGCCAGGCAUAUUCUUUAAAUGUUUUGGACGUCAAUUUACGCUUUUGUUCUGUGCGCCCCCUUGUUCUCUUAAAAAUACUGCUUUGUUGUUUGAGAUCUUCUAGAUGAGCAAUAUACAUGUAUGUCUUGAUCAAGUGUGGCUCCAUGGCAAAAUUCUCCUAAAACUGCUGCAUCUCUUCUUUUGUUAAUAACAUGCCUGCACUAAACAUUUUCUUUAUGUUUCAACAUCGUUGAAAAUUAUGUGGCACUCGAGGUUGCCCUUUUCUGUUGUAGUUGGUGUCUCAUUGACUGAUUUAAAAUGGGUGGGAUUUUCAGGAUCUGGCACAGGCUGGGGAAUACGUUUAUGCCUUUCAAGAGUCUUUUUGUCCUGUGACACUCGCUGAAGUUUUUAUUUUUAUACCUCAGGUACAUUUCGCCCCAUUCUUGGGCUUUUCACCCUUUUUGCUUUACACAAAUUUUUUCAUCACGUAUUUUACCAUCCGGAAUACUGUUUUCUUACCCCGCAUGAUGCUGUUGAUCGGCGAAAGGAAACCAUUUCUUUAGUCUGCUUCUUCUUCUUCUUCUUUUUUUUUUUGCCUUUUGUAAUGCAUUUCACUAAAUUAAAUAACCAUCCCUCUCAAAUAAUAGUUACCCUCUGUUAAACGUGCUUAAAGAAUAAGCCCCCAGGGAGCUUUAUAGGGGAUUAACAGUAAUACGGGUUCCCCUAUUUUCUGUAUUAAAGGUGCAUGAUGAGCCUUAAUUACCUUUUAUAAAUGCGUGUUAUUUUACAAACCAUGGGGAAGUCUCCGAUCCAAAUACAAAGUCAACAAAUGAUUAAAUUAACCCUGUUGAUGGAUUUUCCAUGUUGAAUAGGUCAUGUAAAGUUGUACAUGUUAGGUAUGUAGUCAGGUUAUGAAAGGUUUAGAACCAGCCUCGUACCCAGGCCAGUUCACGCUAUCAGAGUUACCAGAGGAGGCUUGGAACCGAAUUUUCCCGACAAGCUUGAAAGAUGACGUCACAUCCGAAAUUGCGGAGCACGACUGGGAAGGAGGCUGGUCUAGAACCUCUUUUUCACAGGCAGGUAUUUUUAAAGUUUUCUAAUUUUCCACAUCUCCCUAACAACAUUCAGAUGUUGCACCCCCUGGCUACAAAGUUGGGGCACCAAAACAAAAUAUCAUUGUGCAUUUACCUGAGAAUGUUUCUUUUUCCUGCCAAAGGGUGCCGUAACUAUCACACAUUAUAAGAAGAACAAACUCAAUGUCCUUUAAGUGCCUGCAGUGCAGCAAGUGCUUUAGUCUAGCAGGAGACCUAAGGAGCCAUGAAAGAGUUCACAGUGGGGAAAAGCCUUACGAAUGUAAAGAGUGUGGCAAGUGUUUUAGCCAAGCAGGAACCCUAAAGAUUCAUGAAAGAGUUCACACUGGGGAAAAGCCUUAUGAAUGUAAACAGUGUGGCAAGUGUUUUAAUCAAACAGGAAGCCUAACGAGUCAUGAAAGAGUUCACACUGGGGAAAAGCCUUACGAAUGUAAACAGUGUGGGAAGUGUUUUAGAAAUGCAGUACACUUAAAGAAUCAUGAAGGAAUUCACACUGGGGAAAAGUCUUACGAAUGUAAACAAUGUGGCAAGUGUUUUAGCCAAGCAGGACACCUAAGGAGUCAUGAAGGAAUUCACACUGGGGAAAAGCCUUACAAAUGUAAACAUUGUGGCAAGUGUUUUAGCCAAGCAGGAACCCUAAGAAUUCAUGAAAGAGUUCACACUGGGGAAAAGCCUUACGAAUGUAAACAAUGUGGCAAGUGUUUUAGCCAAGCAGGAAACCUAAGGAUUCAUGAAAGAGUUCACACUGGGGAAAAGCGUUACGAAUGUAAACAGUGUGGAAAGUGUUUUAGUCAACAAGGAAGCCUAAGAAAGCAUGAAAGAGUUCACACUGGGGAAACGCCAUAUGAAUGUAAACGAUGUGGCAAGUGUUUUAGCCAAGCAGGAAGCCUAAGGAUUCAUGAAAGAGUUCAUACUGGGGAAAAGCGUUACGAAUGUAAGCAGUGUGGCAAGUGUUUUAGCCAAGCAGGAAACCUAAAGGGACAUCAAAGAGUUCACACUGGGGAAAAGCCUUACGAAUGUAAGCAGUGUAGCAAGUGUUUUAGAAAUUCAGGACACCUAAGGAGUCAUGAAAGAGUUCACACUGUUGAAAAGCCUUACAGAUGUAAACAGUGUAGCAAGUCUUUUAUUGACGCAGGAGAUCUUAAAACUCAUGAAAAAGUUCACACUGGUAAAAAGCCUUACGAAUGUAAACAGUGUAGUAAGUGUUUUAGAAAAGCAGGACACCUAAAAAUUCACGAAAGAGUUCACACUGGGGAAAAGCUUUAUGAAUGUAAACAGUGUGGUAAGUGUUUUAGCCAUGCAAGUAAUCUUAGGAAGCAUGAAAGAAUCCACACUGACACUCUAUUAAACAUUGGUGUAAAAGUUUUGCAUUCAAUUAUCAUUGAGAAACACAGCUGUUGGAUUUGUCAAGAGGAGAUGAGUAGUGAGGCUCUUCUUCUUCAACAUUAUGAAAAUCACAUGACCUGUGUUUGUGAAGAUGAUUCUUUCCGCUAAAAACCGUUUCAGGUCUUUUGAGGUUUUCUUCUUUUGGUUACGUUUUGGUUUUUGGACAACAUUUUUGAGGUUUAUAAAUGGCUUUGGAGAAUUUUCGUUGGUGUUAAACGACCCUGUUAAUAAAGGCGCACAGUAGAAAUCGGACCAUUCCAGUAUAUUGAAUAUUGAGCAUGGCAACAUUAACACUGCUGUCUUACUGGACCUCAAAAAGGGACUGCUUACCAUUUGUACGGAAAUGUCGGUGAAAAAUUGCGUUCAAAUGGUACUGGUAUUUUUUUUGGCACAGAAAACAGGAACGGGAUUGAGUUGUACCAUUUACAAAAUACGAUAAAUUUUUCGUUCUCUCUCGAGAUGAAGCCUGGCACUAGUAAUCCUGAUAAAUGGUACAGAACAUUUCGGUCGUUUCGGUAAAAAUGGGAAAAAGGUAAUACCUCGAAAUGUAGUACUUUUUUUCGGAAAAAUUUUCACCGGGAUGAACCGGUCCAUUUGAAUUCUCCCCGGAAUUUCCGGGUUUUCCAUACAAAUGGUAAGUGCUCAGGCUGUUGAUACGGUUGACCAUACCUUACGAUUAUCUAAACUUGACUGCUACGAUAUAACCGGCCCUGAAGGAGACAGGUUCAGAUCAUACCCUAGUAAUGUUGUCGUACACUGUGCAGUAGACGGCUGUAAGUCGGGUAAGCCAUGUGUCUCAAGUGGAGUGCCCCAGGGGACAAUUUUAGGUUCCUUAUUAUUUUUAGUGCACAUAAAUGACGUGUCCAAUUGUCUGCGUUACUCUCAAUCAAGAAUGUACGCCGACGAUACAUGUAUUACUUAGGCUACGGCUAGCAGUGACAUUAUGAUAUUAAUGACCGCCUUAAUUAUGAUCUGAAUAAGGUCUAUGUUUGGCUUGCGGUUAAUAAGGUCAUGAUAAACAUGAAACGAAAACCGAGAAUCCAACCGUUGUCAUCAACUAUUGAUGACAUUCCGGUUAAGCUAGUCUUGAUUUCUAAAUGCCUUGCUGUAAAAAUAACCAGAAUCUGAAUUGGGAUCAGCAUAUUGAGAUGAUUUCUAAAAAGAUUGCUUCUGGCAUUAGUGCAAUGAAGCUUGUCAGAAACUUUACUUCUCUUGAAAACCUCCUCACUAUUUAUUACGCUCUCCCAGAGUUUCUAGAAUUUACAGAACCGCGCUGAUCGUAGAAUUACUUCUUCAAGUUACGAUGCUAGUGUCAGAGGCGGCGGAGUGUUUUGAAACGUGGUGGGGGGGAGCUCAUCUUCCAGUCAGCCAUACGCAUACCCCUUCUUAAGUUUUCCAAAACGCCCUUUGCAUUGUUCGUUGGCAGAAGCAAUCUUCACAGAGUCUAGUGUGUCCGUAAUCGAUUUGUGACAAUGUAUCACUUGGCAGUUGUUCAGGCGGUCCUGCUUCAUUGUGCUCCUUAGGUAGUUCUUGAGUCAUCUGAGCUAGGCAGAAAAUGUGCGUUCUGAAGUCGCUGAUGUCACUCAGGUAUUGUCAAAUACGUCGGUAAAAGUGUUUUUCAGUACCAAAACGGGGGCAGGGGGGCAGCUGUACCCCCAAAUUUUCGUUUGGGAAGCUACGGCCCCCCUCUGCCCCUCCUACGCUGCUGUCUAUGAGCGUGAGGGAACUCUUUCAGUCACUCAAUUGGCAUAAACCUGAGCAGCAAUGUAAGGUCGAUUUUUCUUUUCUCAUGUUUAAGGAUCUUAAUAAUGAAACUCCUGAGUAUUUGAGCUCAGAAUUUAUUACUGGUAUGGACGUAACGCCAUGUAAUUAAGAAAUAAUUAUGGUAAACAAACUACCAGAACUGCUUCCUUGUACUGAAACCUUCAAAAAGAGUUUUCAGUUAUAGUGGCAGGCAUCGCCGCUGACAAGUUUCAAAUCAAGUAUCCGUUGCCACAAUUGCCCGGAGUAAGGUGGCUUUUUACACGGCGACCUUGUAUUGCAGGGAGUAUUUUUGCUGUUAAAGUUAGUUAAGUUUAAGUAGAUCCACUCAUAUUCUAUUGUAUAUUAUUAGCUGCUAGUUUUUCUUUCUUGUUAAUAACUUUGUAAUUGCCUAAAGGGCUUUACUGUGUCUAAUUAAAGUUAUCUUAUCUUAGCGUAAAUCUUCUAUUAACCCCCCCCCCCCGGGGGCUUAUUAAUUUGAUGUACAUUUGAGGGUAGUCUCCCUCGCAGCCGUUCUUGCUUCGUCACGCAACGCUCAUUCCCAGCCGUUUUUGUCUUGUCACGCGAUGCUCCUCCCCAACAAAUGGCUGCUCACAUUCGAACCACAUUCCUCUCCUGAUUUGAGCCAAUCACAGCUUUGGUUCUAUUUUCUGUAACUAUUUCGGGCCAAUUAAUCCUUUAACAUGUUAUCCAAUCAUAGCCUGCAUUCAAUCCUAUCAUGUAUGCUGCAAGUUGUCUCCCUGAAAGCCGUUUUUAUAUUUGUCUCGUCGCGUACCUUAGGUUUUGCUUUGAAUAAACAGACUUGGAAUUUGUUUCGAUUUGACUACUUAUCACGUCCACUUAAAGCAUUAUUUUUGUUUUUUGCAGUUCCCAUGAUUUUUUUAGAGACGCGCAUGCUUUUAUCUGGCCUUGUCUGGUCUACCUCUACAUGCGACAGGACUGAUGGACAACGCUGGUAAUCAGGAGCUUUGGGUUAAUAAAAUAAUUGGAAAGAAUGUGGUUCGAAUGUUGGGGAGGAGCGUUACGUGACGAGAUAAACACGGCUGCGAGGGAGACUCGUCUGAGGGCGGUUUAUUAGAGUGAGGGGAGGGGAGGGAUCGCUUAUUUAAUUUGGCGAAGAUGGUGGUGGCGCUCCUUAAAGAAGUAGAAUUCAAAGUGGAAAAGCUCAUGUAUGCAACCGAGGAUCAAAAAUAAAUCCAAACGUCCAACACGUGUGAUAAUAGCAUCCCGGUUCGGUCCAAAUGAACUUGUGCAAGUUAUGUUUUCACCUUUAUUAUAUUCCUGGCUAUUUACGGUAUAAUUGAUCUGGGAAGUGCGUGUGGAUGCGUCUCGCUACGGGCCUGGCCGAGGAUAAUUCUUUAGAAAAACCUCUUGCCUUCUCCCACGUCUUUGACCUCAGAGCUUUCGCGCCGCUGUAUGUCAACCACAAACGAAAAACACACCGAAUAACCCACCUGAUGCGCACGCUACUUCAAAUAGUAGUGGAGAAAUAAACUUCUCGGGAAGCAACUGACGUACAUUUUAACGCCUUCGUAAAUUUCCAAGAUCAAUAUCAUUACCGCCUUUUUAUCUAGGCUAUUUAUUUAAGAGAUUGGUAUCGAGACUAUUCUAGAUAAAAGUAAACAAGAGUUGGAAGGCGCGGGUCACGUAUUUAAAAAUAAAGGUCCCUUAAAACUUCUUUUUACACUACUAAUACAAAUAACGUUUCAGCGAAAAAUCAGUAAGAAACAAUAAUAUAAACCACAGUGUUGAGCACUGAAUCAACUGAAUGUUUGAAUCAAAGAAUAACCUUGGAAGGUGAAGAAGUAAUCAAAAGGAAAAAACGAAAAAAAAAAUUUAAACAAAUAUAUAUUUUUUGUUUUAUUCCUUUGUUUACUUUUUGAUCGCCUUGGCGUCUUAUUAUUUUCUGCAAGUUACUGUAAAAAUCCGAAAAUAAGCCCCGGGCUUCUAUUUCUCAAAGGCCCUUUUUGUGGGGCAUAUUUUUGGAGCGGCUUAUCUACGAAGGGAAAUUUGCGUUUCAAAAUCGAUUGGGCUAGGUUGAUAGUUGAAAGGAAAUUUACCGUUCUUGCUUUGUUUUACUAGUUUGAGGGCAAUUUCCAAGUACAAGGUCCGGGAGGGGCUUAUAUUUGGAGGGGCGAUUUAACGGAGGGUUUUUUGCGUUACGAAUUUGGAGGGGCUUAUACAUGGAGGGGCUUACUUUCGGAAUUUUACGAUAUUAUGUAUUGAUUCAGGUCUACAAUUUAACUGGGAGAUCUGGCACCACGCAAUGGUUUGUCGCUGUAGACUGCUGAUAUUCAGGGCGUAAGAAGCUAGGGUAGCUUCUUACGCCCCGCUGAUAUUUUAUGUCUUGGCGCCCCAAUCACUCAUGACCCUCUCAUAUAUCUGGAAAAUGAUUUGCACGUGCAACAAAGAGAGGAUAACUGCUUCUGCUAAAAGUAAAUGUGUUGAAAGUAAAGACAUCCAGGCCAUCCAAUUCUCAGAAACUGCUCGCUAUAAAGAAAAACCCAGGGCGGAUAAAGGUUGGGCGGUGAAACGAGCUUGUGCGGGCAAAAAGAUGUGAUGCAGUGGACUGGGACUCCGCUUAGAAAUGUCGCUUGUUUUCAACUUUAGGGUUUGCGAUGUGGUUUAUUCAUUAGACACUGCCGCUGCCACUGAAUUAUAGCGGCUUGAUUUGUUUUCUUGUACUUCUUCCUCGUUCCUUUGAGCUGGUACGCUGUCUCCGAGAGGCAAAUGUUGCUAUUUCUUGCGGGAGGUUUAGUUGGAGUAGACAAACAUCUCUUUCAAAGGGUUUCUCUUAUUACUUCCAUGACUCUAUCACUGAAUUAUAUUUUCGUUCUUCUACUCGCCAAUGUCGAUGUUAUUCCAAAACAAAAACAACUAAGUAUUGUCUAAAACACGAAGGAAAAUCUCAUCCAUGGCAAAACUAAACGACAGCAGAUCGUGUUUCAUAACCAGAUGACGUGUAUUUUAUAAAUGCGUGCAGCUCGUGCAUACCCUGCGAGCAGAGGCUACAUUUUCGCGGUAAUAGCUGGCGUGCGAAAAGUAGCCUCUGCCGACAACUGUUCAAAUCCGUCCAGAAAUCUGCACGAAUAAAUAAAAAAAACCGGGUUUUUUCUUGUUCUUGACCGGUUUAGAGCAUUGCGUGUUGCGCACCCCGUCCAGAUCUUCAGGGCGGAAAAACGUAAUGAGCAUGCGUGAACUUUUUUGCCCAGAUCCCCUGGCCGGGUUUGAAAAAAUGGCGGGAUUUCAAAUAUUUUAUUGCCUAAAAAUAAGAUGUUUCCACUCAUAACCUGGAAAGAACAGGCAAUUUGUCUUCAAAAGUUGCAAGCUGUGGUUAUAACCUUAUCUUUACUUAAUUUUCUCGAAGAAUAUCUCAUAGUAAAACGGACUUUAACGACAUCAAUUUCCUUGCGUUGUACUGGAAAUGUGCAUGCGUAGGUCCGAUUUUUUUCAAGAUGCAUUCACAAAAUGUGUUCAUAUAAGGACGUUCCUGGAUAUAUAAGGUCCGGAGCUCCACUGUGGACACAAAAACAACAUAUCUUUGGACAGUGACUUGCCCAAAAAAAUUAACGCUUGCCCACAAUGUGUUUGAAGGCACUGAACUUGUCGCACUCGAGCUGAUAUUUUAAAACCCUCGCUCGAUCGGACACUCGUAGUUUCGCAGAUAACUAAAAUAUAAACAAAAUCCUCAAGGUAGAAGUUAUUGCGUUGAUAUGCGGGCGGAAAAAAGGUCAAUCUUUAUUUAGUAAAAUCUUCCCAAUAAUCGGUUUUAAAGCAACUAUAGUUUAUUUUUAAACUUGAUCGUUUCGCCUACUAAGAGAUAAAUAUAAAUUAUGCUUUGUGUUGUCAAGUUGAAAAUGCAUAACAUCUGUCAAAAACCUACACGUAAGUAGGAUUUCCUUCAAACAAAGUUAAAAUUACGUUAUUGCAAAAACUUCUUGCUGUCAAUGAAGAAAUGAAUUUUUUGUACGAAAACAACCUACCUAAAGAUCUUAAAAGCAAAAGAUCAGUCACAGUGAGCUUCGCAGCUAAACUAUGAUUCACCAUGUAGCUCUUCUCCUCGCUUUAAUAACUCAGUGAAUAACUGGUCCAUGUGAGGGUCUUCAUUCAAGCAAAUUAAACUCCAAUCGUUACAAAAUUCAGAAAACUGCACAUAAGGGUAUUUGUUUUGCUCGCUUCAGACAAAUCCAGCUCCAGCAAUUCAGUGUUACGGGCAGAGUCAAUUGUUUUGAAGUCACCGCCGGCAGUUGUCCCCUACUUCACAGCGAGAGAAGUGGAAAAUUUGCGUACAGAAAGUUAUUUCUUAUAAAGAACAGAAACUUUCACAGUGCAGUGGAAAACAAAACUAUGUAAUUAAAAGUGAAGAAAACUCUGACUACUUAUAGUAUUUGAGCAACAGAAAAAUGAUUCUUUUCUUCUAGAGUAAGUUUACUGUCCUUCUACCGGUAUUUCCGAGAAAGUUUUACGGCGCACAAAAUGGUUCUUUGACUGAAGAGAAGGAUAAAGCUGGUUCUACAGAGGGAAUAAAUCUGGGCAUGUGAAAAAGUAUUUACUAAUUUUAAAAAAAGUGGGUUUUAAUUCAGCCCGGCGAAAGAAGGCGAAAUCAACUCACAAAUAAAUCGAAUGAACAAUCAAAAAAAUACUCGCCUCUUUGGAAAUGUUCAAAACUCUUUAUUCCACCUCAGACUGACGGAAUGAUCCGUUUUUCCUUUAACAUUGGUUGUUCCGAGUCCAAAGUAAUUUUCAAGUGACAAAAAACAAAAACCACACAAAAGUAAAAAGGCUUUUCGAGGAGCAAACGUUCACACCUUGUGCAUUUCAUUCAGUCUUAGUCAACUGUCGAACACAGUCAACACACAGAAAAGCCCGCCUUGAGCCUGCGAUAAAAGGAUGCGCAGAAGCUUGCGCAGAACGUUUUUCCGCCCUGAAGUCCAGAUCAUCCAGCCAUCCAUCUUAGGUCCCCAGUCCCCACGAGUUUUUUCUUUCACACUGUGAAAAUCAAAAUGGCCGCUAUCGGAUCCUUCAGUUCUUGGUUUUAUCUUCCUUCGUGUGAUUUGAUCAAAGCGACAGGGUCUUCUUACUAAAGGUAAGAACGUUUUCAAUACAUUAUAUGGAUACAUUCAGUUGUGAAAGUCAAAUGAUAGCAGCUAGCUACUCGGAUGAGGACACACACAGAUGAUCCCGAGUCCUACUACUUUCGAGCUCUUUCGGACUCGAUAUGGGGCCAUCAGAUCCUGAUAACAACGGACCCGAACUUGGUUUCCCAGAUACAAAUAUCUAUCUGCUGUUUUUAAUUUUUUUUCGUUUCCAAGCUUAUUACGUUGUUUUGUAUCUGAAGGCUUCAAUAAGCUUUAAACUUAUCUUUUCAUGAUUUACUAUUCCAUCUAAAUGACCUUUGCUUUCCUAACACGGACGUCGAGCAUUGUCAUGUAUUAUCUUUGCCUUUGAAUACAGCCGUCUCUCCUUGCUCUUCACGGAUAGCAGUCUACUUGUAUCUAAGCAAUUUGGAAGGAAAUAGUUGAAUUCAAUAAGAGUCUUGUUUACUUUGUUGUUUAAUUCAAUGUCCACAUUAGUUAUCUGCUGUGAUUUCUUAAUAUAUAAGGGCUUUCUUAUUCACGUACACAAUUGUGAAAGCAUUUGACCAACUAGUUGGAUUUUACUAAAAGUAUUAUUCCUCUCGCUCUCAUGGCCUUUGAGUCAAUAGCCCAUAUGGCCUUCGACCUCAUGGUCUAUUGACUCAGAGCCCAUUCAGGCUCGAGGAAUAAUCGUUUAUUAUUAUUUGAACCAAAUGAAUAAGUGAUAGGUUGUAUUAAUAAACCAAACAGUGACACUUCAUGUUAACUGAUCCAGCAAUUUUUUCACCAUUGAGUCCUGCUUCCCUUAAGCAUAAAAAUCCCCAAAGAUACAAAAUAAUUCUUGGUAUGCAUCCCAUAGGACACAAAGAUUGGUCAAGUGAUAUGAAGAUGUUUUUGUAGAAUAUCCUGUUUGUGUAAUUUCUGUGGUUGUUGUUAACGAUGCAUAUUAAAUUUCUUUUAGUCUUUGUUGUACUUUAAAAUAGAAGGAGUAUAUUUUUAUUUCAGUAAACUGUAAUACAGAGGUUUGGAGUCUGUCUUCAGAUUAACUCCCUGGUUACAUAAAGGCCAAAGCAUUUUCAAUUUAGGGAUGGUUCAUUAUUUAUAAGGAUGACCGGGUCAGGAAAAAAAUGAAAGCCUUCCUCUUUCUUUCUAAAGCCCGCCCAAAAAGCACAAUGUCUUUUUCGUAGCCCGUUCAGUAUUUGGGGUCAAAUUUUCCAAAGCCUGUUCAAUUUGACACCGAUUUGAAGUGAGUAACUUGUGAAAAUCAUGGAAUGAAUAUUUACAACUGGAGCAACUAGUGUAUGUUCAGAUGUUUGAAUCAAAUACAAUGACUUGGAAGAACCUUUGGAGUUUUCCAACCUCGCGAAAUAGAACUUCUUGUGAAGUAAAAGUUUCCCUGAAAGUGUUCAACAUUUUUUUAAAGGAAUAAAUUUCUACAAACCUGUGUUUAAAAUUAGUUGAGAACACGUUCGCGAGAUGAUUCGAGAGGUCAUUCAAUGCUUUGUUCCAGGUCUCUGUUGAAUCAGAAAGACAUGGAAAGACUGGUAACUAAUGCAAAAAUUAAACAAAUUUAUAAUUAUAUUAUACUACAUUGAUUUAUUAGAUUCUGUUAUGGCGACCUGCAUGAAAUUUUAAGAACAUCAACUGUUUGCAAACACAAUCAAAACCAUAAAAUUCUUCUUGCUCUGAAUCGCUCUGAAAGACAAACCAUAUCUUAUCACUUUCAUCGAUGCUAUAACAUUCCCGUUCGCCCAAAGUCGUGUCAUGCUCUGAGUCAGGCCCACUUGACCAUUCUGCAAGGACAUUAUCCUCCUCACGUUUAUCAUCCCCUGAGCCAUCAAUUUCUUCGCCGUCGUUUUCCGUUCCACCUUCCUUUGCUUCCUUGUCAGUAGACUCAUUUAUAUCUUACCAUUGACUACCCUCCCCACGAAGCACAUGCAACGAGAUUCACCUUAUCUUUUCAGCUUUGGUGCCAUUGCUUAUGAGUUUGUAAUGUUUAAGAUACUUAUUGAGCUCAGACACAAGCAACUUUUGUAAAUCUCCAGACUCCACGAGAUGGUGCCAGGCAUAUUCUUUAAAUGUUUUGGACGUCAAUUUACGCUUUUGUUCUGUGCGCCUCCUUGUUCUCUUAAAAAUACUGCUUUGUUGUUUGAGAUCUUCUAGAUGAGCAAUAUACAUGUAUGUCUUGAUCAAGUGUGGCUCCAUGGCAAAAUUCUCCUAAAACUGCUGCAUCUCUUCUUUCGUUGAUAACAUGCCUGCACUAAACAUUUUCUUUAUGUUUACACAUCGUUGAAAAUUAUGUGGCACUCGAGGUUGCCUUUUUGUGUGGUAGUUGGUGUCUCAUUGACUGAUUUAAAAUGGGUGGGAUUUUCAGGAUCUGGCACAGGCUGGGGAAUACGUUUAUGCCUUUCAAGAGUCUUUUUGUCCUGUGACACUCACUGAAGUUUUUAUUUUUAUACCUCAGGUACAUUUCGCCCCAUUCUUGGGCUUUUCACCCUUUUUGCUUUACACCAAUUUUUUCAUCACAUAUUUUACCAUGCGGAAUACUGUUUUCUUACCCCGCAUGAUGCUGUUGAUUGGCGAAAGGAAACCAUUUCUUUAGUCUGCUUCUUCUUCUUCUUCUUCUUUUUUUUGCCUUUUGUAAUGCAUUUCACUAAAUUAAAUAACCAUCCCUCUCAAAUAAUAGUUACCCUCUGUUAAACGUGCUUAAAGAAUAAGCCCCCAGGGAGCUUUAUAGGGGAUUAACAGUAAUACGGGUUCCCCUAUUUUCUGUAUUAAAGGUGCAUGAUGAGCCUUAAUUACCUUUUACAAACCAUGGGGAAGUCUCCGAUCCAAAUACAAAGUCAACAAAUGAUUAAAUUAACCCUGUUGAUGGAUUUUCCAUGUUGAAUAGGUCAUGUAAAGUUGUACAUGUUAGGUAUGUAGUCAGGUUAUGAAAGGUUUAGAACCAGCCUCGUACCCAGGCCAGUUCACGCUAUCCGAGUUACCAGAGGAGGCUUGGAACCGAAUUUUCCCGACAAGCUUGAAAGAUGACGUCACAUCCGAAAUUGCAGAGCACGACUGGGAAGGAGGCUGGUCUAGAACCUCUUUUUCGCAGGCAGGUAUUUUUAAAGUUUUCUAAUUUUCCACAUCUCCCUAACAACAUUCAGAAGUUGCAGCCCCUGGCUACAAAGUUGGGGCACCAAAACAAAAUAUCAUUGUGCAUUUACCUGAGAAUGUUUCUUUUUCCUGCCAAAGGAUGCCGUAACUAUCACACGUUAUAAGAAGAACAACUCAAUGUCCUUUAAGUGCCUGCAGUGCAGCGAGUGCUUUAGUCUAGCAGGAGACCUAAGGAGCCAUGAAAGAGUUCACAGUGGGGAAAAGCCUUACGAAUGUAAAGAGUGUGGCAAGUGUUUUAGCCAAGCAGGAACCCUAAGGAUUCAUGAAAGAGUUCACACUGGGGAAAAGCCUUAUGAAUGUAAACAGUGUGGCAAGUGUUUUAAUCAAACAGGAAGCCUAACGAGUCAUGAAAGAGUUCACACUGGGGAAAAGCCUUAUGAAUGUAAACAGUGUGGGAAGUGUUUUAGAAAUGCAGGACACUUAAAGAAUCAUGAACGAAUUCACACUGGGGAAAAGUCUUACCAAUGUAAACAGUGUGGCAAGUGUUUUAGCCAAGCAGGACACCUAAGGAAUCAUGAAGGAAUUCACACUGGGGAAAGGCCUUACAAAUGUAAACAUUGUGGCAAGCGGUUUAGCCAAGCAAGAUCCCUAAGAAUUCAUGAAAGAGUUCACACUGGGGAAAAGCCUUACAAAUGUAAACAAUGUGGCAAAUGUUUUAGCCAAGCAGGAAACCUAAGGAUUCAUGAAAGAGUUCACACUGGGGAAAAGCCUUUUGAAUGUAAACAGUGUGGCAAGUGUUUUAAUCAAACAGAAAGCCUAAGAAAGCAUGAAAGAGUUCACACUGGGGAAAAGCCUUAUGAAUGUAAACAGUGUGGCAAGUGUUUUAGCCAAGCAGGAAGCCUAAGGAUUCAUAAAAGAGUUCAUACUGGGGAAAAGCGUUACGAAUGUAAACAGUGUGGCAAGUGUUUUAGCCAAGCAGGAAACCUAAGGAUUCAUGAAAGGCUUCACACUGGGGAAAAGCCUUACGAAUGUAAAGAGUGUGGCAAGUGUUUUAGCCAAGCAGUAAGCCUAAGGUUUCAUGAAAAAGUUCACACUGGGAAAAAGCCUGAUGAAUGUAAACAGUGUGGCAAGCGUUUCAGUGAAGCUGGAAGCCUGAGGAAGCAUGAGAGAAUCCACACCCUGGUCGAGUCAUGCAAAUGUUCCUGGAAAAACAAAAGUGUGUCUAAACGUUUGGAAUCUUCGAAGUGGAAGAGAACGGGAAGUAAAAACGUUAAUGUUAGCAGAGCCAUAGGUUUUGCAAACAACCUUCAAACACAGAGGGAGACUGGAAACACUGAUCUAGCAGAUGCACAAUUGGUCAUCUUUGAGAAUUACAGCUGCUGGAUUUGUCAAGAGGAGAUGAGUAGUAAGGCUCUUCUUCUUCAACAUUAUGAAAACCAUAUGACCUAUGUUUGUGAAGAUGACUCUUAAGUUAAUCAAAGUAAAAACUAUGGGGAAUUCUGUAGGCUCUUGGAGGAGGGGGUGCGUCAAAUCACCUUGCACCUCCUCACAGGCAUUGGAGGGUUGUUGACCAAUGAUUUUAAACAAAGUGAAUUAGUGAUACUUUGCCUACAAUGUACAUGUAAUUGCAAAAUCGCUCUUAAUUUUUUGGGAUGGUUGAGCAGUUCUUAACAUAGUUUGCCAGAAAAUUUUCUAAAGAAAGCAAGAAGACAGGCCAUUGCAAGAUUUUGUCAAUCUAUGAAAAACUUUGUUCUAAAACUGCCUUUAAAAGAAACUGAAAGUGCCAUCAGUGAAGAUUUUGGGCCUACAGAAUUUUAUAAGAACCGAAUUUUUUUCAUUUAAGAAUCUUCAAGGUAAAUUUACAAGUUAGAGCCCUAGUCUCAUCUGUUUAGUGUCACGUAACUAGAGAAAUAUAACUUAUAUGUACUAUCCCUGGGGGGUACUCUUAGAAAAUCUUGUUGUGGCGUCCAGUUCUCUAAAUCCUGACCCUAUUUCAGACCAAAAAUGUCAUUUUGACACCCGUUUUCAGACCAGACCUUUAAAAUCGAUACCCGUUUUCAGACCUUGCCUUUAGCCAGAAAUUAUGUCAUGAUUACUUAGAUUAGAGCAUAGACAUAAAAUUUAUUCAAAUGCAUUUCGAAUUCGCAUAUUUCUGUUUCGUUGUUUGUCGUUUUUUGUUUUGCGGGGGUGUUGAGUGUUCUAGGUCGGGGCUUAAAUCAGAGUGCGUGGAUAUUUUUCAUCAGAGCUUUCUCUGGUUGUUACGCCAUACUGACGAGCCCCAAAGAGGGCGAAAAAGCUGUCUAUGGCUACAAUCCCGCUUCGUUUUGAGUUCGUUUAGACUACGAGUAGUCCCCCAUUUUUCCUCAGGGAUAGUAGAGCGAGCAAAACGCGAGCGCGCGUGAAAAUCAACCCACGCGAGAAAAGGCUACACGCGGCGGGGAGAGAGAAAAAUGAGGGACUACAGACAGCUUGGGCUUUGUCUGUAGUCCCUCAUUUUUCUCUCUCCCCGCCGCGUGUCGCCUUUUCUCGCGUGGGGUGAUUUUCACGCGCGCUCGCGUUUCGCUCGCUCUACUAUCCCUGAGGAAAAAUGGGGGACUACUCGUAGUCUAGAGUUCGUUCGGUGUGGUGUUGAUGUCUUGCAGAGUUAAUUUUCAGGUAGUACGAUCAGCAUUGUAGUAUUCUACUUGCAGAAUUUAAUAUGUCUACGAUAAGUACGUUCAUACGUAGUUCCCUCAUAAACCGUAGUCGAUUCCGUUUUCAGACCAAAAAGGUCCAAAAACCAUACCCUUUGGGGCGGCACAUACCUAUAUGACUUUUAAAGGGGUUUCCCCCCACCCCCCGGGUACUUUCUAACAUACUUUUUUCUGCAUCGUUCAUGUGUUUGCUAAGAAGCCCCCAACUUGGAACACUACUGAAAGAUCAUUAUGAUCAGCAGCAAACUUUGUGAAUAAUCAGAUUUACAACUUUCUUAUAAUUUUACUUUUGAAAUUGUGAUGCCAUUAUCAAAAUACGUACACAAAGUUGUCUAUUUGCCAUAUAAUCAAUUUUGAAGGUCCAAGAUAUUGCCAAUUGUCCACGUUUCGAUUUUUCUUAAUACUACCGGCCCGCAAAACGCACGCAAUGUACUGAGAAAACCUAAUUCUCCCAAAAAUUCCACCCCUCUAAGAAACAAGUGCAGUCGUUUUGGCUAGUGCAAGUAGUAGUGGAGAACUGAACUGCUCGCUAAGUAACUGACCGUUUUGCUGCAUUUUGUAAUGAAAACUACUGAUAGAAAGUAUAGGUUGUACAUUUUAUAGCCUCGUAAAUUUCUAAGACCAAUAUCAUUACCGGCUUUGAGUGCAUGUGAGCGAUUUAUUUAAGAGAUUGCCGAUUAGCUGGCGAGCAAGCUCAUUUGGGGAUAUGGUGAAAAGUAGACGCGCGUGAGGCACGCGAGAAGAGAUGCGAAAGCGGGGGUGCCCCCUCGCGGCUCGCUUCGUUCGCCCAGAGAGCCUGAUCGCAGGCAGGACUCCAUAACCCGGAGCGUGCAAACCCCAUACUAGGCCUAUGUCACGGCGUUUUUACUGACCGGUUUAGCUGUAGACACAUUUUAAGGCAACUUUUCCCUCGAAAAUGGAAUCUCCGUAACGUCCAUGAACGCAUUCGAAGUAUAAGCUAUCAAAGAGGAAAACGUAACGUCAUUAAAAGGCCAAAGGUAUUAUUUUUAGGGCUGUAGGUUUUCCAGACUGGUUUGUGUGACUUUAAAGAUACUGUAAAAUUCCGAAAAUAAGCCCCGGGGCUUAUAUUUUUCAAAAGCCUCUUUUGAGGGGCAUAUUUUUGGAGGGGCCUGUAUUGGGAAGGGCUUAUCUACGGAGGGAAAUUUGCGUUUCAAAACCGGCCAGGCUUAUACUGAGAGGGAAAUUUACGUCUCAAAAUCGAUUGGGCUAGCUUAUGGUUGGAAGCAAACUUUAUCAGUAAUUUGCAGAAAGUUUUUACUAAAACUAGCCUUGAGAACGUAGAUCUUACUGAAACCAUGGAAACUAAGCCAUGCGAGUACUUUGUGUAUAUGGAACUAGGAAAUCCAAGCCAAGAGUUAAAGAGUGAACUAUGCAAACAGCAAUAUAGUCUGACACAUUUUGACUGCAAUCAUUUGGCACACGUAAUAGUUCUUUGGCAAAUGCAAAAAAUUUUGUGUUACUGUACAGUUUUUGCUUUGCUUUAUUUUGAAUUUUAGGACAAUUUCCAAGUACAAGCCCCUGGGGGACUAUAUUUGGAGGGCGAUUUAACGAACGGGUUUUUGGGUUACGAGUUUGGGGGGCUUACAUUUGGAGGGGCUUAUACAUGAAGGGGUUUAUUUUCGAAAUUUUACGGUAUUCUAAAUUCGCGCCAAGACCGUUCUAAUGGGCUCCUGUCGCAGGCCAGAUUUCUGCCUUGUUUGAGAUACCUGCGGACAUGUGUUGGAAGGCGCGGGUCACUUAUUUAAAAAUAAUAGACUGUUCACAGUCCUCUAUUUUUCCGUAAGAUCGUCGAGAUCGAGCGCUUUGCGUUCCCCGACGCCCGCCCCCUCGGUACAUUUGAAAACCAAGAUGGCUGUCAUUAAAAGACGCGCUAUAUCUCAACGAUCUCACGAGAAAAUAGGGGACUGUGAACAGUCUAAAAAAUAAAGAUCCCUUUAUAUAACGUCUUACUCGGAGACACUACUAAUGCAAAGAUUUUGAAAUAUGCAGGGUCUCUGAAAUAACAUUUUAGGCCUUCUGAGAGCAUUUAUUUCGUUCCCAUUUAAGAAGUGUACUUUGUUUAAUACCCGCUUAAUUUUUCUUUGUUGAAGCUAUAAAGAAAUAAUUUUCAGUCUUUAUCGAACUGAAAUGAACACAUUGAACUGAAGAGCAGCGUGAAGAGCGUGGCCGCUGGCCAAAUUAAACGUGCCUGUCAAAAUUAUUGGGAGGUUCCAUGCCACUCGGGCCCCUCCCCAUGCUACGGUAAUGAAAAAUCAGUAGUAUUCAACAGAAGUUUCGACCUUGAACGUACAGAAAAUGCUUUACCGUCGAAGGCCAGGGAACCCAGGGAAGUAUCAGAAGUCAAUCCCGCGAGCGCUCGUUCCUUUUCCUCGCUUUGGGCGGAGGUUACGAACCCCUCCCACCCCAAUGACCACCCGAAUCACUUGUAGAAAAUUAUAAAACGGCAAUGAGGAAGUAAACAAAAGAAUAAAACGAAGAAUAUAUAGACAAAUAUGUUUACUUGUAUUCUGGGUAGAACGUAUUUCGUAGAGCGCUCAAUUCAUUUAAUUGAAUAGCAUUGACUAUUAAUAAUCACAGGAGUUCAGGCUUCAGGAGUAAUCAUUGAUCGUUUAUUGCGACAGUGCUGUUUCGUAUGGUCCGAAAUUGUAGGACCACACUCAUCAGGCAACUUCAACGAUUGACCGUUAAAAUUAAAAGCUGGCAGUAAAUACAGGGAUGCGUUAAGAGAUAGUAUCUAGGUAACAGAUGGAUUGUGUCUUAGUUACGUUACUCUAGAGUUCUGAAGUACAUAUCUUUGUAGCUUUGUAGCCUAAACAGGCGAAACGAACUAGCGAGUUCAUGCCCCCACAGAAACAGAUAUCAGAAACAGAUAGGUACUUCAGAACUUUAGAGUAACGUAACUAAGACACAAUCCAUCUGUUACCUAGAUACUAUCUCUUAACGCAUCCCUAUAUUUACUGCCAGCUUUUAAUUUUAACGGUCAAUCGUUGAAGUUGCCUGAUGAGUGUGGUCCUACAAUUUCGGACCAUACGAAACAGCAGUGUCGCAAUAAACGAUCAAUGAUUACUCCUGAAGCCUGAACUCCUGUGAUUAUUAAUAGACAAAUAUAUUUCAAUAUAUAUAUUUUUUGUUUUAAGGAUCAGUUUGCCGUGUUUAUGAUUUUGUACACAGUACAAGUUACAGGUCUACAACUAAGAGAUCCGGCACCAUUCAACGAUUUGUUGCUUGGACUUGCUGAUAUUUUAUAUUUUCUCACCCCGAUCUUUGCGUGAAUCGUUCAUAUAUUUGGAAAAUGAGUUACUCGUGCAUGAAAGAUAAGAUAACUAAAAGUAAAUGUGUUGAAAGUAAAGUUAUCCAAUUUCUUAGCCGUUAUUAAAAAAAUUAUAGUCUUGCAUUACAGGUGCCAUCACUGAAGACGUCUAGCUAAAUCAAAUGUAAUAAGGGAAAGUUCAUUUAAUAUGACAAGGGGGGGGGGGGGGAUGAAGAUAUUGAAACUCGAAGCUUGAAAUUUUAGCAGCCCCUCUCGCUAGCGGUUCAAUUUUUUAGGAGCCCCCUCCUUGGUAGUCGAAAAAAUUUCAGAGCCCCCCCCUCCUCCUUCAAUUCCUUUGCUCCCCUGAAAAAAGAUCGCUAGACUGUGUUAAAUAUAUUUACCGUUAUUGUCUUCAAUGGUUUAUACUAUGACAAACUUGAGAUACAGUUGUGAUGAGAUCCCUGUUGAGUUCUCGAUUAUUUGUUGUCGCAGAGUGCCUACCUCUACUCCGAUGCUUCACACAUAGUUUGAAUCAAUGUGGUUUUACUAUAAAAAGUUUGAGCAUUUCUAAUUUUUGAAAUUUUCUAAAGCAUUUUUGGGAUGAACAAAAAUGUAAUAAUUACUGAGACUACAUUUGUUAUAUCUGUAAACCACGUGAUAUAGCUGAGUUGCACAGGUCAUUAAAUUGUUGAGUUGAGAACCAUCCGAUCUGUAUGAUGAUGUCAUGUGUUGGUUUUGAAGUAUACAAAUUUUCGGAGCCCCCCCUCCUAGCGCAACAAUUUUUUCAGAGCCCCCCCCUCAAUAUCUUCAUCCCCCCCUUGUCAUAUUAAAUGAACUUUCCCUAAAGUUGAAAAUAAUUAUAACAGUUACAAAAUCUCCUACAAAAGAUAAAAUGGAUGAUAACAUCAUAGCAUAAAUUAUUGUAAAUUAUGGACUUAAUGUUUACAAUUUCGCCUGGUAACGCAUUCCAGUUAGAAACUGAUCACUAAACAAACGAACAAACAAAAAAAGGAACACCCGUCACCCGGGCCACACUUAUCUAGCUUGUAGCUUAGGUCCCCACUCCGCACGAGUUUUUGCACUCCUCAACCUCUCCCUCAGGGUCUUCUCGCUUCCCAAUUUGACGAGAAGACCCUGGGGACGAGGUUGUGUGAUAAUCAAAAUGGCCGCCAUCAGAACGUGAUUUAUGAAUCCUUCAGUUCUUGGUUUUAUCUUCUGUCGUGUGAUUUGAUCAAAGCGACAAGGUCUUGUUACUAAAGGUAAGAAAGUUUUCAAUACAUUAUGGAUAUAUUCAGUUGUGAAAGUCAAAUGACAGCGGCUAGCUUAGUACUAGGAUGAGAACACCCACAGAUGAUUUUGAGUCCUACUACUUUCGGGCUCGAUAUGGGGCCAUCAGAUCCUAAUAACAACGAACCUGAACUUGGUUGCCCAGAUACAAAUAUCUAUCUGCUGUUUUUUAAAUUUUCUGAUGUUUCCAAGCUUAUUACGUUGUUUGGUAUCUGAAGGCUUCAAUAAGCUUUUCAUGUUUUACUAUAUAAUUGCAUCUAAAUGACCGUUGGUCACCUUUAUUCAAAAAUCUGUAGUCUUGCAACAGGGUUGCCAUCACCCAAGACGCCGAACUGAAUAAAAUGAAAUAAAGUUAAAAGUAAUGACGUGAAAAAAUUUUCAACAAAAGAUAAAAUGGAUAAAAAUUCCACAGCAUCAAUCAUUAUGUAAUAUUAAAAAUUCAUCCUUGACUAAAAUAUUCAAAUACGACUUUUUUGAAUCGCUGUGCGGACUUAAUGUUAACAAUUUCACUUGGUUAUGCAUUCCAGUCCUUGACAGUUCUACACUUAACACGCACGCCGAGCGUUGUCACAUAUUAUCUUUGCCUGUGGAUACAGCAGUCUCUCCAUGCUCUUCACGGAUAGCAGUCGACUUGUACCUAAACAAUUUUGAAGAAAAUAGUUGAAUUCAAUAAGAGUCUUGUUUACUUUGUUGUUCAAUUCAAUUUCCAAGUUAGUUAUCUGCUGUGAUUUCACGUACACAAUUGUAAAAGCAUUUGACCAACUAGUUGGAUUUUACUAAAACUGUUAUUCCUCUCGCUCUCAUGGCCUUCGACCUCAUGGUCUAUUGACUCAGGGCCCAUUUAGGCUUGAGGAAUAAUUGUUAAUUAUUAUUCAGACCAAAUGAAUAAGGGAUAGGUUGUAUUAAUAAAUCAAACUGUGACACUUCAUGUUGACUGAUCCAACGAUUUUGUCACCUCUGAGUCCUGCUUUCCUUAAGCAUAAAAAUCCCCAAAGAUGCAAAAUAAUUCAUGGUAUGCAUUCCAUAGAACACAAAGAUUGGUCAAGUGAUUUGAAGAUGUUUUUCUAGAAUCUCCUGUUUGUGUAAUUUCUGUGGCUGUUGUUAACGACUCAUAUUAAAUUUGCUUUAGUCUUUGUUGUAUUUUAAGAUAGAAGGAGUAUAUUUUUAUUUCAGUGAACUGUAAUACAGAGGUUUGGAGUCUGUCUUCAGAUUAACUCCCUGGUUACAUAAAGGCCAAAGCAUUUUCAAUUUAGGGACGGUUCAUUAUUUGUAAGGAUGACCGGGUCGGGAAAAAAAUAGAAGCUUUCCUCUUUCUUUCUAAAACCCACCCAAAAAGCACAGUAUUUAUUUCGUAGUCUGUUCAUUUGGGGUCAAAUUUUCCAAAGCCCGUUCAAUUUGACACUGAUUUGAAGUAAGUAACUUGGGAAAAUCAUAAUACAUUUCACGAAAUUAAGUAACCUCCCUAUCAAAUAAUCCUCCCUGUCUGUUAAACAUGCUUAAAAAAUAAGCACCCAGGGAGCUUUAUAGAGGAUUUAUGGUGAUACAGGUUCCACUAAAUUGUCUGUAGGAAAGCUGCAUGAUAAACCUUGAUGACCAAUAUUGUAAAUGUAUGUUAUUGUUAAUGAGGCAACCAAGCUAAGAAGCGAGGUUGCGUCUGCUGCAGAUUCAUAAUUCUGUGUAACCCUCUAUAAUUUGAAUUUUUGACCAUAUUUGAUUGUAAGUAAGACCCCAUAUUUGGGCAAUCAUGUCAUGGUGUUUUAUUUACAACUCCUGGUAUGAGAUUAAGUGAUCCAGUGUAAAACUGGUCAUUAUCUGCUCCUGAGGAUCUAAGUUGUGAGAAAGCUUUAAGAUGAUUUCUUGUUUGAAAGAGCUAUUAGUGCUCAGUUAUGCAUGAUAAUUUAUGUAUAAAGCAACAGCUGAUCAAAGAAUAGGGUUGCAAGCUCAAAUUUUUGUCGGAGCCAGCUCGUUUUCAGUGUUCUCUUUUUCGUUGUAAAUUGAAUUUGAAGAAGUAGCUGUUCAAUGAAUAGGCUUAUACCCUCAAAACUUUUAUCAGAACCAACGUGUUCUUUGCAGUUCAAUUUACAUUGAGCUAGUCCUCACAGUCCCUCACCUUCCAUGAGAAUUGCAACUCCUUUGUGGACCUUUUGUUUUUUAGAAUCUAUUUUUGUCUUUUGAGGGAUUUUGUCAACCAGCAUGUUCCUUUACAGAUCGAUUUACUAUGAGACAGGCCUAAACUAAUGUGAGUAAAGAAACGAGUUUGUGGAUGUUUUGUUUUAAAGACUAUUGUUUUGCCUUUCAAGAGUGACACUUGCUGAAGUUUUUAUUUUUGUACCUCUGGUACACUCCGCCCCAUUCUUACGCUUUUGACACAUUUUGCUUUAUGCCAAUUUUUUCAUGAUGUGGAAUAUUGUUUUCUUACCGCAGAUAAUGCUGUCGAUCGGCGAAAGGCACCCGUUUCUUUAGUCUGCUUCUUCCUCUUCUUUUUAUUUUUUGCUUUUGGUAGUGAAUUUCACUAAAUCAAAUAACCAGGUCCCUCUCAAAUAAUCCUUACUCUCUGUUAAACAUGCUUAAAAAAUAAGCCCCCAGGGAGCUUUAUAGGGCAUUUAUGGUAAUACAGGUUCUACUAUUUUCUGUAUUAAAGCUGCAUGAUGAGCCUUAAUUACGAUUUAUAAAUGCCUGUUAUUUUACAAACCACAGGGAAGUCCCCGAUCCAAAUACAAAGUCAACAAAUGAUUAAUUUAACCCUGUUGAUGGAUUCUCCAUGUUGAAGGGGUCAUGUAAAGUUGUACAUGUAGGUAUGUAGUCUGUUUAUGACAGGCCUAGAACCAUUUUUUCAUAGGCAGGUAUCUUUAAAGUUUUCUAAUUUUCCACAUCUUCCUAACAACAUUCAGAUGUCGCACCCCCUGGCUACAAAGUUGGGGCACCAAAACAAAAUAUCAUUGUGCAUUUACCUGAGAAUGUUUCUUUUUCCUCCCAAAGGGUACCAUAACUAUAACACGUUUCAAGAAGAACAAACUCAAUGUCCUUUAAGUGCCUGCAGUGCAGCAAGUGCUUUAGUCUAGCAGGAGACCUAAGGAGUCAUCAAAGAGUUCACAAUGGGCAAAAGCCUUACGAAUGUACAGAGUGUGGCAAGUGUUUUAGCCAAGCCGGAACCCUAAGGAUUCAUGAAAGAGUUCACACUGGGGAAAAGCCUUAUGAAUGUAAACAAUGUGGCAAGUGUUUUAGCCGAGCAGAAACCCUAAGGAUUCAUGAAAGAGUUCACACUGGGGAAAAGCCUUAUGAAUGUAAACAAUGUGACAAGUGUUUUAGCAGAGCCGGAAACCUAAGGACUCAUGAAAGAGUUCACAGUGGGGAAAAGCCUUAUGAAUGUAAACAGUGUGGCAAGUGUUUUAGCCGAUCAGGAGCCCUAAGGUUUCAUGAAAGAGUUCACACUGGAGAAAAGCCUUAUGAAUGUAAACAGUGUGACAAGUGUUUUAGCCAAGCAGGAAACCUAAGGACUCAUGAACGAGUUCACAAUGGGGAAAAGCCUUAUGAAUGUAAACAGUGUGGCAGGUGUUUUAGAAAUACAGGAACCCUAAAGAGUCACGAAAGAGUUCACACUGGGGAAAAGCCUUAUGAAUGUAAACAAUGUGGCAAGUGUUUUAGAAAUGCAGGAACCCUAAGGAGGCAUGAAAGAGUUCACACUGGGGAAAAGCCUUGUGAAUGUAAGCAAUGUGGCAAGUGUUUUAGCAAAGCAAGAUACCUAUGGAGUCAUGAAAGAGUUCACACUGGGGAAAAGCCUUAUAAAUGUAAACAGUGUGGCAUGUGUUUUAGGCAACCAGGAAACCUAAGGAGUCAUGAAGGAAUUCACACUGGGGAAAAGCCUUAUGAAUGUAAACAAUGUGGCCAGUGUUUUGGCCGAGCAGCAAACCUGAGGAGGCAUGAAAGAGUUCACACUGUGGAAAAGCGGUAUGAAUGUAAACAGUGUGACGUGUGUUUUAAUGUAGCAGGAGAUCUAAGGAUUCAUGAAAGAGUUCACACUGGGGAAAAGCCUUACGAAUGUAAACAGUGUAGGAAGUGUUUUAGCCAAGCAGGACACCUAAAAAUUCACGAGAGAGUUCACACUGGGGAAAAGCCUUAUGAAUGUAAACAGUGUAGCAAGUGUUUUAGCCUAGCAGGACACCUAAGGAUUCAUGAAAGAGUUCACACUGGGGAAAAGCCUUACAAAUGUAAACUGUGU